UUUUUUUCUUUAAUUGGGAUAGUUUUUUGUUCUUUUAUUUGUAUUUUUCAAAGUGAUUGUAAGUCUUUGGCUGCUUAUUCUUCUAUUUGUCAUAUAGGAUUUGUUUUAUUAUCUGAGAUUAGUAUAUUGUAUUACGGCAAGUCUAUAGCUUUAAUUAUGAUAUUAUCUCAUGGAUAUACUUCUGUUUUGAUAUUUUAUUUUAUUGGUGAGUUUUAUCAUAUUGCUAGAAGUCGAUUAGUUUAUUAUUUGCGAGGUUAUUUUAGUAUUAAUUUGUUGUUUUGUUUGAUUUUUUGUUUAACUAUGAUUUCUAAUUUUGGUUUUCCUAGUUCUAUUUCUUUUUUUUCUGAGUAUUUAAUAUUAAAUUGGUUUAGUUCUGUUUUUUAUUUUAGUGUUUUUUUUCUUUUUAUUUAUUAUUUAGUUUCGUUUUAUUAUUCUAUUUAUGUUAUGGUUUGUUUUAUGGUAGGCAAUAAAGUUAGGUAUGUUUGUGAUAGCCGGGCUGUUGUUUGUUUACCUUUAAUUUUUAUGGUUUAUAAUUUUUUUUGGUUUAUUUUUGUUAUUUAA